ACUCGAUUCCUGCGGUUUUGAACACGUUUUUGUUGGAGAAACAAAGCGUGAUAAACAGAUCUUAGGUUUGCACAACUGGGUGCAAUUUUACCUUCAGGAAAAGCGUAACCAAAUUGAUUACAAGGGAUAUGUGGCCCGGAAGAAUAAAAGCAGGCCUGACGAGGACGACCAAGUUCUGAGCCUCCAGUUCGCUUGGAAGGGCUUGGUGAAGCCCAUUGGAAGCAUCUUCAUUGGCGUCAGCCCUGAGUUCGAAUUUGCCCUUUACACCAUCGUUUUUCUGCUGUCUGAAAAAAGUGUCACACAUGAAACAGUGAAGAUAGAGGAGUAUGAGCUACAGAUAGUGGUUUGCCGCCACGGGCAGCACAUUGGAACGGCCUAUCCCGUGCUGCUGGGCACCAGCACGAGUGCGUGGCAGGACCAAGCGCUGCGUGACACGGAGCACCCGCGUCCCUGCCGGGCAGAGCGGGCGCGAGCCGGGCCCAGCAGCGCGGACCAACCGCGGCACCUGCGCACGCAGCAGCAGGACAGGGAGCAGGCUGGCACCAGCGGGCAGCCCCGCUCCGGGCAGCGCCCGCAAAGCAACGGGAAAGGGAGCGAGUCAGAGCUCCGGUCCAGCUUCGCCCUGGAGCUUUCUGCUGUUUUUGUACCGCUGCAGACUUGCCGGACUGGUUGGGGCUACUGGAAGGAUAUGAGAACAGCGCGCUCCCGGUGCUGCUCUUAUCUCUAG